CGGGGCCUUGUGGGUAACGCGGGGCCGCCAGGUGACAGCUAAUGGCGGCGGCCGCCUGAAGCGGGCGGGCGGUAGAGCGGGCGGCAGGAGGCGCGCGGCGGAACCUUCCCGGACGCCGCUCCUGUCCCGACGGCGGCUUCCCUACGGCGGCGGGACUCGGCGCGCCAUGGACAGGCCGGCGGCGGCCGCGGCAGUGGCGGCGGCAGUGGCAGCAGCGGGCUGCGAGGGCGGCGGGGGCCCCAACCCCGGGCCGGCGGGCGGUAGGAGGCCUCCUCGGGCCGCGGGGGGCGCCACCGCUGGUUCCCGGCAGCCCAGCGUGGAGACCCUGGACAGUCCUACAGGAUCACAUGUUGAAUGGUGUAAACAGCUUAUAGCUGCUACAAUUUCUAGUCAGAUUUCAGGUUCGGUGACAUCAGAAAAUGUAUCCAGAGAUUACAAGGUUUUCAGGAGGCCUGAUAUAAGGGAGAUUCAGGAAGAACACAAUGGCUACCCUUCUGAAGCUGAAGCUGAUCAGGCUCUAAGGGAUGGAAAUAAGCUGGCACAGAUGGAAGAGGCCCCACUUUUUCCAGGAGAAUCAAUUAAAGCCAUUGUGAAAGAUGUCAUGUAUAUCUGCCCAUUUAUGGGAGCAGUGAGUGGAACCCUGACAGUGACGGACUUUAAGCUGUACUUCAAAAAUGUAGAGAGGGACCCGCAUUUUAUCCUUGAUGUCCCCCUUGGAGUGAUCAGCAGAGUCGAGAAGAUUGGAGCACAGAGCCAUGGAGACAAUUCCUGUGGUAUAGAGAUAGUGUGCAAGGAUAUGAGGAAUUUGCGGCUUGCUUAUAAGCAGGAAGAACAGAGUAAACUAGGGAUAUUUGAAAACCUCAAUAAACAUGCAUUUCCUCUUUCUAAUGGACAGGCACUAUUUGCAUUCAGCUAUAAAGAAAAAUUUUCAAUUAAUGGCUGGAAAGUUUAUGAUCCAGUAUCUGAAUAUAAGAGACAGGGCUUGCCAAAUGAGAGUUGGAAAAUAUCCAAGAUAAACAAUAAUUAUGAGUUCUGUGAUACCUACCCUGCUGUCAUUGUUGUGCCAACUAGUGUAAAAGAUGAUGACCUUUCAAAAGUGGCAGCUUUUCGAGCAAAAGGCAGAGUUCCUGUGUUGUCAUGGAUUCAUCCGGAAAGUCAAGCAACGAUUACCCGUUGCAGCCAGCCACUUGUGGGUCCCAACGAUAAGCGCUGCAAAGAGGAUGAAAAAUACCUGCAAACAAUAAUGGAUGCUAAUGCACAGUCACACAAGCUGAUCAUCUUUGAUGCUCGACAAAACAGUGUCGCUGAUACCAACAAGACAAAAGGUGGAGGAUAUGAAAGUGAAAGUGUUUACCCAAAUGCAGAACUCGUGUUCUUAGAGAUCCACAACAUUCAUGUGAUGCGAGAGUCACUACGCAAAUUAAAAGAGAUUGUGUACCCUUCGAUUGAUGAGGCACGGUGGCUCUCCAAUGUGGAUGGGACGCAUUGGCUGGAAUAUAUAAGGAUGCUGCUUGCUGGGGCAGUGAGAAUUGCUGAUAAAAUAGAAUCUGGGAAGACAUCUGUGGUGGUGCAUUGCAGCGAUGGGUGGGACCGAACAGCCCAGCUCACAUCUCUGGCUAUGCUAAUGUUGGACAGUUACUACAGGACCAUUAAAGGAUUUGAAAUUCUCAUAGAAAAGGAGUGGAUAAGCUUUGGACACAGGUUUGCACUGCGAGUGGGCCAUGGUAAUGACAACCACGCUGAUGCUGACCGAUCUCCUAUAUUUCUGCAGUUUAUUGAUUGUGUUUGGCAAAUGACAAGACAGUUUCCUUCAGCAUUCGAGUUUAAUGAGCUAUUCUUGAUUACAAUUUUGGAUCACCUUUAUAGCUGUCUUUUUGGGACCUUUCUGUGCAACUGUGAACAGCAGCGAUUCAAAGAGGAUAUAUAUGCAAAGACUGUAUCUUUAUGGUCGUAUAUCAAUAGCCAGCUAGAUGAGUUUUCUAAUCCCUUCUUUGUGAAUUAUGAAAACCACGUGUUAUAUCCUGUUGCUAGUCUGAGUCAUCUGGAAUUGUGGGUAAACUAUUACGUACGAUGGAAUCCACGGAUGAGACCUCAGAUGCCCAUCCACCAGAAUCUCAAGGAGCUGCUGGCUGUCAGGGCGGAGCUGCAGAAGCGGGUGGAGGACCUGCAGCGUGAGGUGGCCACGCGCGCUGUCUCAUCCUCAUCUGAGCGGGGCUCCUCACCUUCCCACUCCACCACUCCUGUCCACACCUCAGUCUGACGGGCAGGGCCAGCCUGCUGCUCCACAGUCUUCCAGCGGCUCAGGAAAGGGACCUGGCGAUCACUGUUAUGGCUGUAACUUGCGAUCUUGUCUUUUAGGAUUAGGCCCGGGGACCAUUUGUGUGGCUGGGUGACAGCUCCCACUGUUGUCAAGUGCUUUUCGUUUUGUGAACAGCUCGUUUCCCUCCUGUCAGCGGAUUCACAGGGAAGCCAUCUGUCACAUCCACCCUGUGAAGCAACUCCUAGCAUCCAGGCAGCUUGGGAGAAACGAAAUGAAUGGGAUGCAGUACUGAGGUUCUUUCUAGGUGAAAUCCUUCAGUAACAACAAACACCACUCACUUCAAGAUGCAUCGCCAGCCUCGGGGCUUCCCUCAGGUCUUGACCACAACCUGAAAACUGUUUUGAAUGAAAUACUUGGGGAGAAGACAGACCACUGCCCUCUGUUCCACAGUCCUCUUCAUGCACGGGGUCCCCUGUAACAAUUCCUGCUGUGUACAUAUAUGGUAUUUUUAGAGAAGAAAAACAGGGCUUUAUUUUCCUAUGUCCUUUUUGAUGUUUAGAAUACUCACCUGAGGAAGGAUCGGCUCAACUGUACCGUGGGAGAAAGUCUUUUCCUACGAACCUCACGCUCAUGUUUCUGUGGUGCGUUUGAAAUGGGAUUGGAACAUGGUCAUUUAAGGGGCAACAUGUUCUGUCCCCACCUCACUCUGGCACUCGCCUCUUGGGACAGCUCAUCCCCUUCAUGGGGAUGGCACCAAGUGGCCAUGCUCAGUCUUCCAGCCCCGCCAAGGCUGGCCUCUGGCUCUUUCAAGGAGCACUGCCUGCCCCUCCCUCCUGCGCUGUCUGGCCAUGCUUCCCACAUCACUACUGCUGCCAGCCGCUGGGGUCAAAGCAGUCUGCUCUUAUGUUAUCUGCCUGUACGAAAUCAUUUCUCAUUUUAUCACAGUUCCUUCAAGUCAGCUUACAUGGCUGCCUGUCAAUAUCUGAAAGCAACCACGGUGCUGUGGCUUUGGUUUGGAAAAGCAUAGCUUGUACUUCCCUUGGUUUUCCCUUCCCAGAGCCGACCGCAGCUGGUCAGCACUCUCUUCCUACUUCGGAGCUUUAUUUACCGACGCUGAGCUGUGACUCCAUCAGUCCUCACAGGAAUUAAUUUACCACCAAUUGGUUCCAUCCACUUGAACGCCAUUGCGCUGAGCUCCUCUGUGCGACAUGCCACAGGAUGAAUACUGCACACCUGGGUCCUGCACUGGCAGGCCGCACUCCUCCCUCGUGCUGUGCCCAUUGCUGCACCUCCCCCCACCCCGCCAUGGGCUGCAGGAAUCCAACCUUCAGAGGCAGACACAGCUGCAAUCGCUCCUAAGGAAACCCCAGCAUGACUGCAGAGCAAUGUUAGCUGGUGGGUUUCAAAUUAGUGGAUUCCAGGCAGAGUCCUACACAUUGACCUUAUUUUUGAAAAUAUGUUAAGGGUUUUCUAAUAGUCAAGUAGAGAAUGGAUUUUUUUUUAAACUGGGAACCUUCUGAUUCUUACUGAAAAUUAUCCUAUAAGAUACCAGAGAGAUUUAUUCAAGGGAAUUUGAUAACCUAAAAUCAAUUCUCCAUUUUUAUCACCCAUGGGAUUUGUUUCUAAAUCAUAUUUGACAUUAACUUUUGAUUUACGUUCCUAACAUAUCUGAAAGCAUAUUUAUGAAUGGAUAAACUGGAUUAUUGAUAUACUGAUUUUUAUUUAAAUGGGGACAUUGCCCAUUUUGUUCCCAGAAAUAUGUAAGCCCCCAGCUGACUAGGAGUAUUAAACAUAGUGUGGACUGGAUGACGCCUUUGACAAACCAGAGACGCCAAGCUGGGGGGAGCUGGUGCCUGGAGCGGGCCUGUUGCACCUCACCUGGCGGGGCUGCGGGGCUCGGUCAGCAGGACCCUAAAGAUUCCCAUUCGAUUUUAAGCACAACGGGUCAUUUUCCUUUGUAUGUUCCUAGCGCAGAACUGUUUCUAAAACAACUUGAAAUAAUACGGUUUUGUUAUCUAAGCAUUUUUGUUUGUUUUCAUGUGUACUAGAAUGCAAAACCUUUACAGUUCAGGUUUUUCAAAACUGGUACAGUGUUGUAUUGGUCUCAUCUGUUAUUAAAAUGAUCAUAUGUUU